AUGCGAUUCCUGAGAGCCAUAUCACUGGCGCUAUGCGCCAGCCAGACGAUUGCCCACUCCGAUAUCCAUGGCGAUGCUCCCAUGCCGAGGCUUGUUGGUGCCCGGAGAUUUCUUAAGGAUCUCAGGGGCGAGAGAAGAUGGGAACAGCGUGUUCGUUCGGCACCAACUGAUCAAGCUACGGAGCGCCGGAACGAAGGCGGUCUAAGGAAGCGGGGCGAGAUUGAAGAAAGGCAGAAUAAUGGGAGAUGUGGCAGCCGUUAUGGGUCCUGUUCGGCGGGAUAUUGUUGCUCAUACGAAGGUUAUUGUGGCAAAGAUGCAGCGUCAUGCUCAGCGCCUGACUGUCAAAUCAACUACGGCCCUGGAUGUGAUGGAAACCAGAAACCGUCGGGUGUUGACACGUCAACCAUCGCACGACCCAAAGUUGGAAACGUCGCGUACGGCGGUGUUGGUAUUUAUGACUGCGUGAAUGACGGGGAUAUUGCAAUGACAUUUGAUGAUGGGCCAUGGGAGUAUACAAAUGACCUGUUGGACAAGCUUGCGAAAUACCAAGCGAAGGCCACGUUCUUCAUAACUGGCAAUAACCUGCAUAAGGGGCAGAUCAAUGAUCGUAGCACGCCUUGGCCUAACGUUAUCCAGCGGAUGGCCGCCGAAGGCCACCAGAUUGCGAGCCACACAUGGUCCCACGAAAACUACAGCCAGUUGACCACGACUCAGUUUCGAAACCAGAUCUACUGGAAUGAGAUUGCAAUCAACGAUAUCCUCGGUUAUUUCCCUACAUACAUGCGACCCCCCUUUUCGAUUUGCCCGUCGAACACUUGCGGAUCACAGUUGGCUACCAUGGGCUAUCAUGCCAUAUACUUUGAUUUGGACACGGAAGGUUAUCUGCACGAUGAUCCCUCGGAGAUUCAGAUUAGCAAGGACAUCUGGGAUGAUGCCGUUCCGGGGACCAACCCAUGCCGGAACAGCUUCUUGCAGAUCGAGCACGAUAUCCAUGAGCAGACAGUCUACAAUCUCACGGAUUACGUUCUCGAUUCCUUAUUCAAGAGCGGAUACCGGUCUGUGACCGUCGGCCAGUGUCUAGGCGAUCCUCCCGCCAAUUGGUACCGAGCUGGCAGCAAGGCAGUGCCCAGUUACACCUUCAAACCACGCGCCCCAACUGGCACAUGGUCCUGUUUGUCGCAAUCCUCAACCAGUCCCCCAGGGCCUACAAACACAUUAGUAGUCAGCCAGGACGGCAACUGUGGUUCCGGCGUUACCUGCCAAGGGUCUAAGUUCGGUAACUGCUGUUCUCAGAACAAUUUCUGUGGCUCCUCCAUCGACUACUGCGGAACAGGUUGCAAUCCCCAGUUCGGCACUUGCACUAACGGCGACAGCCCCUUACCAGGUGAUGACCCGCUACCCACUACGACCACCUCCGGAACAUCGCCGACUGGCACCCCGAAGGUCUCAAUUGAUGGAUCUUGUGGUAAUGGAGUUACGUGUGAUGGAUCGGGAUUCGGGACUUGCUGCUCUCAAUACGGCUUCUGCGGCUCUACGGACGAUUAUUGUGGAACGGGAUGCCAACCGGCCUUCGGUAGCGGUUGCAAGGUACGAUUUCUUUCUCACGUCCCAAACAUAUCAGUAGCCUCAGAUAGUCUCAAUGCUAUCCUGAGCAACACUGCUCUACCACUAUGA